AUGGACGAAGGCCCGAUAUCUGUUUCUGAUAUGGUGAUUUCAAAGUGCACACAGGAAGACAAAACUACUGAAGUCAACGAUGGCUUUUUUCUCAAUACCCGUGUUCCAAAGUGGAAAGAAAUCUUACAAGAAAACUCGAUCCUCACAGUUAAAUUUGAUAUGGAGACCGAUUUGGCCCGUGGGGUAGACGGUUUGGGAAAAAUCGAGAAAAACAUGACCCGAGAAGUUAAAUUUACUGGUGGUAGAUGGUUCACUGCUGAUGAGUACGGCAAGUUCCACCUGUACAGUGGAUAUCGUAACGGAAAGAGCGGUGAGCUGAGGAACCACAAGUUAUCCAUAUUUGGUCUUGUCCUAAGUUAUAAUUCAAAAUAUGGAAGCUUGGAUCUUAUCGAAGAAGACUUCAAUGAAUCUAAACGGACUUAUCCAACCUUAAGAGAGGAAAUGAUUGGAUUUCCACUAGCACACCUGACUGUGACGCAAUCGAAUUCUUUCCACGAUUCAGUUAAACGAGGGUCUGCGCCCUCAUCUGCAGUGACACCGUGUAAUGUAAAAUGGUCCAACGCCUUGCGGCUUGACCCAACAACGACUGGUGGCCGCUGCCUUCAUUUCACUGCCUCUUCUGCUGGCGAUUUCUUUGUUGUUUUCGCAACAAUACCGAGUCGGCGCAGCUCUUGGUAUUAUGUGCAGAUUGGAGUCAGAAAAGUUGCAAUUUAUAAGGGAGAGAGGGAAGUUACAUCAACGUCAGACACUGGAUCUGUGUCUAUCGGAGAUGCAUUGCUGUACCAGUCAUACUUUUCAUACUUUGUUUGCCUUUAUGAAAAGCCCAACAGCACUCUGAUUGAAUAUGGAAAGUCUCUGGGUAUCUCAGACGGUGGAGACAUAUACCUGACGCAUCUUGACGCGAACGAUCCCUUACACGUGCGAUUUUACGCUUUUGGUAACAUGGAUAAGGUUGUCAAAAUAUGGGACGCUCACAUUACACCACGUGACCUUACAGAUGCUGAUUGCAAAGGAAGCACUUACAAAGAUCUCCCAACAAAUCUGUGUUUUUUGAAGUGCCAUGAAUAUUGCGACCCUUUUGCAGGUUGCAAAAAUGCUGGUGCGAAAGAUUUACGGCCCUCAGAUUGUUUGGCUUGUAGAGUAGCCAAGGAUCCAGCGACUAAUGUGUGCUUAGAAAAAUGUCCGGAAAAUACACAGCCAGACGAAAAGAAGGAAUGUUUACUCACAUUUGAUGCCAAGACAAUCGUACCAGGAGGAGUUACGGCUACUUCAAGAUAUUUAAAGCGGUGGCAAGUAAGUGGAGUAAAGGUCCAGGAUAUGCCCGCUCUUAAUCACAUGACAUUGUGUCUGUGGACAAAGUUUCCUCAAACGAAUUUGCGUGGAAUUAAGAUAACCGGCCUGGCCAGGUACUACGACACAAACAGAAAAAGUGGUUUCUUCCUCAGGACCGUGGAGUAUGAUAAAAAUGAGGGUAAGAUGGUGCCUCUUUCGCCUUUUCGCAGGAGGAAGACCUUGCGCUUUUCAAGAGCAUUUCUAGAUGAUAAUGAGUGGCACCGAUUGUGCAUUGCUUGGAACGGUGUCAGUGGCGUGACUAAGGUGUACGUUGAUGGUGUUCAGGAUAAAAGUGCCAAAUUUGGCAAAUACGCCGUAGGGGGAUUAUUAAAGGAUUCAUUACCGGGAGGUGGAACUUUAGAAGUAUUAACAGUACACAGCCAGGUAGUCUAUGUGUCUGAAUUGAACCUGUGGGAUAAAGUUCUCUCUACAGUAGAAAUUUCUGAGUCGUCAAAACUCUGUUUUGGGAAGCAGGGAAAUGUGAAGAAAUGGUCAGAUUUUUGGCCUGCCUUUAGCAAAUACAAAUCUCGGCACGAAGCGCCUUCCCAGUGCAAAUCUCCUAUUGGCAGCAGCGAGGAAAUGAUGGAAGAGGAUCUUGUGGUCUCUAAUGGCAGCAAUGAGGAAAUGAUGGAAGAGGGCCUUGUGGUCUCAGAAAACAGACCAUUUCCCCCUAACGCGAAGAAAAGAAGAGCUUUCAAAUACGCAAGAAAGGGACAAAAAAAAUCCCACCCAGUAGCUUUAAUGUGA